AUGUCGCUGCCGCCAUCGCGCCGUCCUCCCGAGCACCAGAUCCUCCGCGGGUGGAUCAAGACCACUGCCGACGCUCUGCUCGUCCUCGAAGCGACGCGCGCAGGGCUCGUCCCCCGCGUCACCCGUCGCUUCCACGAGAUAGAGAAACGGUCGAUCAUCGCAUCCGGCGCGAUCCUCGUCUUUGCCGAAGAGGAGAGCGGCAUCAAGCGGUGGACGGACCCGUUCCUCUGGAGCGCGUCGCGCAUGCAGGGCCACUUCCUGAUGUAUCGCGAGCGAGAAGACAGCGAAGACGCAGACGUCGGCGCGCCAUACCGCUGCUCGACGAUGCCUCCGCUUUCGGCGGGACCUUCUCAGUCCAGGGAGACUGACCCGGAGCUCGAGCACUACAUCCUCGGCAGCUGGAACAAGGGGCGCGGGCUGAAGCACGAUGGGCUCAUGAAGAAGGCGCGUCUCUUUACGCUUUCGAUGAUCAUCGACGGCUCGACGUACCAUCUUAUCUCGUACUACUACCCUUCGGACGUGCGCUCGGGAGCGCUGCAGACGCCAUCUUCCAUGCCGCACCUCGCCGGCCUCGAGGUCAGCCCCGCGGUCCUCGACGGUCUUUCCGACCCCCAUUCUGUGCCGUCGUCGUCGGGCACCAAGACGAAGCGCGGGAAGUCUACUCGAUCGUGCGUUCCACCCCCUCCCUCCCAUCCUUCUCCCUCUCACUUUGACAGGCCAACAGAAGACGUGUGCGCGGAGCCGCAUCGCGCGCCUCCACGUGCUCAUCUGGCACCCAAACGCCCUCUCCGACAAGCUACUGGGGACCCGGGUCCGACAUGA